UUAAAAUGACAAUUUGUCAAAAUAUCAAAGCUAUAUUGCUUUCAGAAAUUUUUAAUAACCGUUAAAUAUAGAAAUCGUGAAACUCGUUGUUUCAUAUUUAACAAGGAAUUUACAUGUUCAGCACGUUCCUCGUAUCAAGAUGCGGAUACCCUUGGCUUCUUGCGCACAGACAGAACAUCAGAAUUAUCCCAUCGGUUAUGGAGCACCGGAUAACAUUCAAAUAUCUAUGGCAAAUGGAAAUAUUAUGAAGAUUCCAUUGGCGAGCAUCAAUAUCAGCGAGGAAGUCAAUAAGAGUGGGAUUUGGCAACAAGUUAAUGAGAGUAACGAGAAGCAAAAACAACCGAAAUUAAUAAACGUAAGCAAAUCGAAGAAGCAUCCCAAGAAGGAAGGCUCGUUGCUGGUCGACGAAACGACAAGGCUGACGACGAUGACGGAGGAAGACGAAGAUGACAAUGGCAUAUCGAUCAAGGUAGAUCUUAUACGAUCGAAGGAGAGUAUCAUCGGCCCAUUGAAAGUAAAUGGCACUACGUCGGCAGAGACAUCCGUUUAACGAGUACGAUAUCCUACGACGAUAUCGUCUCCAAUUCAAAAAGUAAAUUCGUAUUUGGUAAAAUCUUGGGGGAGAAAAAAAAAUAUAUAUAUACAUAUAUAUAUACGUGUAUAUAUAUAUGUAUAUAUAUAAUUAUUUUCAGGUGACUUUUUAUAUGAAACGAUUAGAUUAGACGAAAAUCUUAGUUACAUUAAAUACCGUUCCACACAGUAUAUAUAUAUAUAUAUAUAUAUAUAUAUAUAUAUAUAUAUAUAUAUAUAUAUGCAUAGUACGAUGGACCUCGCGAUCUUAACUGAAAUUGCCUUUAUUUAACAAACAAUAAAAGAAGAUCAAAAUGAUUUUAAGAACGUCGAUCAUCAUACAAUCGUACGUUAUUAGAAGGUAUAAGUUUCUUUUAUACGAGGCAUUACUUUCGGAGAAAUUUUUUCAUGCAACGUUGUCAUUUGUCAUUAACAAAAGCCAAGGAAUUUAAAAUCGUUUCGACAAACAUUUAACAUUUUUGCAAUAGCAUUUAUUACCUGUUUCGAGUAUUUCAAAAGAUAGAAAGCGAAUAGAGAGAGGAUCGUUCGCAUUAUUCAUUGUAUACAAAUACAUGCAUACGAUAUAUACACAUAUGCAGGUACUAUAAUACAUACAUACAUACAUACAUACACACAUACACAUAAUACGUGAGAAACCGACAAUACUUACGCUUCUUUUCGUGUUAUAUCACGAUAAGAUAGUAUCGAAGUUGGUCGAGAUUAGAUUGGUUGAAGAAUAUUAUGCUGAAGUAAAAUCCAAAGAGAGUAAAGCAAACUAUUAGGAAAUAACGAGAAAGCGACAGAUACUUGUUUUGAUCGUUAGUUAGUACGAAUAAAAGGUGUUUAGUCGAUAAAUCGAUCGAUGAUCCAACGUACCGAUUAACGUAUUAAGUAUUCACAUUUUAGAGGCUUAGCAAAUUUUACGACUAAGAGAUUGAAUGUAUAUAGUAUAUAUGUACGAAUAAAAAAAAAAAAAAACAAAAAAAAAAGUAAAUAAAUAAAUAAACAAAAAAAGAAGCAAAAGAAAAAAAAUUGAGAGAAGGGAUACUGUAUAAACAUGAGACGUUUAAAGUUUAGGCGAAUGCUAUUCAAUCGAUGUAUUCAUAUCUCUGUCGUAAUUAUUUAUAAAUUCUGUUCUGAAUAAUGAAA